AAAAACACCAAUCAGAAGAUCCAUCAAAUUCAUUGAAUUUUAAUGACUGUGCAUGGAAUUUUGUUGGAAAUGGUUACUUUUUGCUCUGUUUCCAAUUCGAUUUGAUUCAAUUAAUGGUGUUUUCAAAAUCAUGGCUUUGGACAGCAAAUUAUUUUGUCGACUUACGGUUUUGCGUCAGUGCAAUUAGUCUGUGUAUUAUGUAUUAAUUAUUGUUUGAACAUCACUAGCAAUAAGGAGCAAUCAGUGUGCAUUUGAAAUGUGUUGUUUUUUGCAUGGAAAAAUGUUGUGGGUGACCGUAUUGUUGGUGCUCGUCUUUGACAUGGUGGUUUCAAUGAAUGACGGUCAAAAACCGGGGGUGCACAUCCAUUUCCAAGAAAUUAUGGGCAACAAUAAUGAAAAAAUGCUAUACAAUGUGCCGCCAAAUGAAGUAUCAUCGCCGUUCGUAUUUUCGUCACAAUCGCAAUUUUCGUCAUCGUCGUUGCCAUUUUCGUCGACAUUGCCGUCGUCAGUCACGGUACGCCCAAGCACAUUAAGUGAAAUUACGAAAGAGCCAAUCAACGAUGAUAUGAAACAAAAAAUGACGGAUCUCACAUCUCCAGAUAAUGGUUAUCAGUCGAUGAAACGUGCCGUUGACACAUUGGAAAUGACUCUUGGCUCAUUCAACGAAAAAAUGGAAAGAUACACAAACAUUUAUGGCAGCGAAAUGACAUUUUUAACAACGAAAUUGAACAAUUUGAAAGACAAACUGAAUACUCUUGAGAUUUUAAAUCAUGACAUCGAUCAAAUAAUGAAUCAUCAAAAUGCGGCCGAACAAAAAUUACAAGUGAUUCAAGAGGCAAUUUUCGGAAGUCAAUCAAUAAAUGGUAAAUUAGAUCGAUUGGAAGUCUCUGUGCAACAAUUGCAUGCACGAAUCGAUGAAUUAGUGCUGGAACAGAGAAAAUGCACCACGCAAACGAAUCGAAAUAAAAAACCGGACAAGGACACACCAUCGGAAAAUGAUGAACAAUUUCGAAAUGUUGAAUCGAAAAUUGAGCAAUUAGUUGGAUUCGUUCAUAGUUUUGCCGAAUUGAAUCGAUUGGAGAGUAGUGAUAUUUUAAAUCGACUUGGGAAUAUGCAAUCACAAUUGAUCCAAUUCUUUGACGCAAAUUAUUUUAAUCAACGAAAUACUAACGAUACGAUAAAACAAGACUCCAAGGAUGAUAACAUACAAUUUUCAAAACGUGUAAAUAGCACAACUAUAUCAAAAGAUGCAAAUGAAUUGAACUCAAGUGAUGUGAUAACAGAGUCUCAACUAAAAACUACCCCCGAAAUGCCAUCGACAUUAUUGCAUUUGAACGAUGACAGAAAAUUAUCCACUUCAAAUGGAAAAUUCAUUCGCAAACGCAAACGAAUGACAAAUAUGAGAAAUCGGUCCAAACGAAACCAGGGCAUCAUUGAAAAUGCAUUUCAUUUGAAAACUUCAAACCAUUCGGCGGAUGUGAUACAACAUGGCAAUAGACAAGACCGCAUUUACAAUUCGAUGCCAAAUUUGGAUAACCACCAAACGGAUGUUGAGUUGGAUUACAGUGCAAUUAAGAGCGGCACACAAGUCAGUGCAAAAUACGGUCAACCAACACGCAACGGAUGUCAUGCACUUACAAAUUUAGAAAGUGGCGAUGAAAUUCAUCGUUUUAAAAUCGCAAACGGAUUUUCGGAGCGGCUCUGUUCAUUCGAUAAAAUUGGUUUGGCUUGGACUGUUAUUCAAUCAAGAGGUCAUUUCAAUGGCAUUUCAAUGCCGGAGAACUUUAAUCGCUCUUGGAAUGACUAUAAAAUUGGCUUUGGUAAUUUAAGCGGUGACUUUUGGUAUGGCAAUGAUCUUUUACAUAAACUCACAUACGACGAUGACAUGGAAUUGAAAAUCGUAUUGGGCACGUGGGACAAUCGUUCAACUGAAUUUCGUUAUGAAAUAUUUCGCGUUGAUUCGGAAGACAAUCGAUAUAAUUUAUUUGUUAGUGGUUUUAAUGGAAGCGAUAAGAGUUUGGACGCAAUGGCAUACCAUCACAAUCAAGAUUUCAGCACUUUCGAUCAACAAAACGACAAGACCGGCAUCGAUGGACGUCAAAAGUGUUGUUCAUGUUCACAAUCCUAUGCCAGCGGAUGGUGGUUUAAUAACUGCAUCGAAGCCAACCUGAAUGGUGUUUAUCGAUUUAAUCCUUUGAAUAAUAAUUAUGUUGGUAUUAUUUGGGAGAAAUGGCUCGGAGAUUACUCACUUAAGUCAACCAAAAUGAUGAUUCGACCAAAGGUGGUUUGGUCACCAAGUACAUCACACGAUAAUUCCAAUAUGAAACCACAAGAUGAUCCAUAAGAUUUAUAGCGCACGAUUCAAUUUAUAAGCAAAAUCUAAAUAUAAGCAUUUUAAUAUAUGUGCAAUUGAUAGUUUUUUUUUAUUUUGUACAAGC